AUGCUUCGAUUUGGCCCUGUUGAAGGGGAGGAAUUUCUUGACCAUUACCUUCGUUGGGGCUCUGGAUCCUUGAAGGAUUGCGUACGAGCUCAUCUAGAGGAUUUGCCUCAUCUCAAUAUUGAAGGAAUCCGUUUCCCGAAGAGCUUCAACGCGUGGAGUCUAUUCACAAUUGGGGGCAUCAAAAUUGAAGUAACAGACAAUCUAGCCGACCACCUAUUGCUGAUUGAGGACGAGAAUGAUUUGAGAGUUUUGAUAUUCCACCAUGUCUCAUUUCUUCGAUGCCACCAAAGCUCGUUCUACCCACAGGGAUUUCUCAAGGAGACUGAAGAUACGUUGCAAUUACUAUUCCCCGAGGCAGAAUUUGGGGGUUUGGGACGUUCCAAACGUCGUCGAUCGUCAUGGCUUCAAAAGCUGCUGUCCAAACAACCGUGUCUUCCAGCUGAUUGGAGACUUGGCGCAAGCGGAACACUUCAUGCGGAAGCCCGAAGGAUCGAGAGGUUCAACUUCUGGAGGAACCGAUUGGUUGUCCUCAAGCAGGCGUAUGAUGAUGCUACUCCUCGUACGCUGACUCAAUGGUGGUAUGACCGGCGGAACAGGGUCAUUUGGUGCACUUUCUGGUUGGCGAUCCUGGUUUUGGUGCUCGGAGCGUUGGUAGGCGUCGUUCAGUGUGUUCAAGGCGGCUUACAAGUCUCGAAAUCAUGA